AUGCUCGGCCAGGCCAAGAUUCUCGCCCUCACUUUUGCUACUGCCGGAACCGUCUCGGCAGUCGGCAACGCCGUUGUCAAGAAUAACUGCGACUUCCCCGUGACCGUCUGGUCUGUUGGCAGCCAAGUCUCCAACGCAAACACUCUCCAAACUGGCCAGGCGUACUGGGAGCAGUUUUCCCGCGACCCCAAGACUGGUGGUCGUGCUCUCAAGAUUACCAGGGAGCCUGAUGGCCUCUACACCGGCAAGCCGCAGACCAUCUUUGCCUAUAACCUCAAAGACGGCGCCGUCUGGUACGAUCUGAGCGAUGUCUUUGGUGAUGCAUUCGCCGGGAAUAAGCUUGUCGAGGGCAGUGCCGACGCCUCAUGCCCUUCCAUUGUCUGGUCCAACGGCAUUCCUCCUGCCGGCAGCCAGGUCAAGAACUGCCGUGAUUCGGCUGAUGUCACCUUGGCUCUGUGCUCCAACUAA